AUGGGAGAUCAUGAGGGAAGGGGCAUUUUCGGUAUCUUAUUUCAAAAUAAAAGGGGCUCAGGGACCGGGAAUUACAGUUUGGAAAGUUUCUGGACCGGUUGUUUUAGAUUUAAUUAACAAGGACUUUUUGUUACAGUGGAGUCUUUAGAGGGAUGGGAAAGUAAAUUCCCCUAAAAAUUAAUAUCGUCAUGUUUUUUACCAACAAAAAUCAUUGCAAGAUGCCUGUUAUGUGUGGAAGGUAUAUUUCUGACAAACAUUUUAUGUGGGAUUAUUGCCCUUUUCAGUGACUAUAUCUACGUCAUUUCAACAUCAUUAACGAAGAGCUCCUUUUCAAUUCUUCUUAAACAUCGGAACUAUUUUUAGAAAAGGAUUUGGGUUUCAGGUUUUUAGAUCUUGCUUUCUCAGACCCAUCACCUGAUCAUAUUUAAGAUAUCUGGAAUUAGCUAGAUGUGGGCAUAGCACAUAAUUUGCAUCAUGAGGCCUUCAGACACUCGAGGGCAUCACUCAGGAUCAUCACAAUCAGAGGAAUCGGCCCUGGAUAUGGAAAGAAAUAUAUGCAAUCACCCGUACCUGCCCUCUUGCAGUCCAUCUCCUCUCCAACCAAUUGCAUCAGGUUGUCAGCACUCUGAAAGCAGUGCUGCAUAUUUUUCUUGGCCCAAUUCUACCUUAAUGCAUGGUGCUGCUGAAGGCCGGGCAAAUUACUUCGGGAACCUUCAGAAAGGAGUACUGCCAGGACGUCUUGGCAGACUGCCAGCUGGUCAACAAGCCACGACAUUGCUUGAUUUGAUGACUAUAAGAGCAUUUCAUAGCAAGAUCUUGCGUCGUUUUAGUCUAGGAACAGCAGUAGGCUUUCGAAUCAGGAAAGGGAAGUUGACUGACAUACCAGCAAUUCUUGUUUUUGUGGCACGAAAAGUUCACAGGAAAUGGCUCAACCGCAAUCAAUGUCUGCCAUCUGCUCUUGAGGGACCAGGUGGUGUAUGGUGUGAUGUAGAUGUUGUGGAAUUCUCUUACUAUGGUGCACCAGCACCAACUCCUAAGGAACAAUUGUACAACAAGCUUGUGGAUGGGUUGCGUGGAAGUGAUCCAUGCAUAGGUUCAGGUUCUCAGGUGGCAAGCCAAGAAACAUAUGGAACCUUAGGGGCCAUCGUGAAAAGUCGCUCAGGAAACAAACAAGUUGGUUUCCUCACAAAUCGGCAUGUUGCUGUUGAUUUGGAUUACCCUAACCAGAAAAUGUUUCAUCCAUUGCCGCCCAACCUUGGACCCGGAGUCUAUUUGGGCGCCGUUGAAAGGGCAACAUCUUUUAUCACAGAUGAUGUUUGGUAUGAGAUCUAUGCUGGAACAAACCCAGAGACUUUUGUGCGAGCUGAUGGGGCAUUUAUCCCCUUUGCUGAUGACUUUGACAUGUCCAGUGUCACCACUUUAGUGAAGGGAGUGGGUGAGAUUGGAGAUGUUAAGAUUAUAGACCUGCAAUCACCAAUCAACAGCCUCAUUGGGAGACAAGUGGUGAAGGUUGGAAGGAGCUCUGGUUUGACAACUGGAACUGUAAUGGCUUAUGCUCUGGAGUACAAUGAUGAGAAAGGAAUCUGCUUCUUCACUGAUUUUCUUGUUGUGGGGGAGAACCAACAAACAUUCGAUCUGGAAGGUGAUAGUGGGAGCCUCAUCAUUUUGACAGGGCAAGAUGGCGAGAAGCCCCAGCCAAUAGGUAUUAUAUGGGGUGGGACAGCGAAUCGUGGAAGGUUGAAGCUUAAAAGUGGUCAAGGUCCGGAGAAUUGGACAAGUGGAGUUGAUCUGGGUCGCCUUCUCAAUCUUUUGGAACUUGAUCUAAUUACUACGAGUGAAGGACUCCAAGAUGCACUGCAGGAGCAAAGAUGCGCUGCAGCAGUCAAUUCUGCGGUUGGGGACUCAUCUCCUACUGUAGGCACCCUUGUAAACGAAAAGAUCGGUGAAAUUUAUGAACCUUUAGGUCUUAACAUCCAACAGUUACCUCCUGAAGGUGCUUCUGGCUCAGCAAUGAAUCCACCAUUUACACAAACUGAAUUUCAGGUGGAUACAGGUGAGGCUGCAAAUAAUGUUGAAGAGCAUCAAUUCAUUCCAAAUUUCAUCAGCAUGUCCCCUAUGCAUCGCAACCAAGAGGACAAUCCUGAACUGAAAAAUCUUUCUGAACUAAGAAAUUCUACUGAUGAAGAUCUUUGUGUUUCUCUGCAUUUGGGGGAUCGAGAACCCAAAAGACCACAAUUGGAUCCAACAUUGAGCUUAGAUUGCCAAAAUGAAAGGAGUUUCCAAUCUUGAAGUAGCUGCCCUGUAGUUGUCAAGCAGUGUCAAAGAGGAAUUUUUUACUGCAUGGAGAUGCAUCGGGCAUGGUUAUGAAUUUCAAAAUAGAAAUUCUCUACAACCAGUUCAAAUAGGGACCUUACUUUAUAACUCACCAGCCUUCGUAAAACUGAUGGAUAGCCUGCACUGGAGAGCCAUUUAUUUUUCUUUGGUGAUCAUCAUCAUCGAUCUGUUCUGAAAUGACACUGUGCUGAGUUUAAAGGUUAGACGUUCAACCGGUCAACAGUUUUGCAGUUUUGCAUGUCCAAGCGAUUUACAGAUGCAUUGGUCCUCAAUUAUGUGGAAGACAAUAUUCAUGCUAUAUUAUUGCUACCCUGUUAGCUCAAGCUCCAUUUGUAGUAAGAAUUAGAUGAGUUUUAAGCUCGGUUCACUUUCUUUUUUCUUAAAGCAUGAAAUGUGAAUCAAGAUUAUAUUCUCAAAGUAUGGAAUUCUCCUAAUUUGCUAGAUGGGCCAAAAUCUGUUUACAUCCUUGGAAGUAACUGGAGUGAGGGUUCAUGUAACAAGCACACUUGGGAUGGAAAUCUAUAUUUGCAUAAGAUUUUUCUGCA